AUGCCGAAGAAGAGGGAGAAGGAGAAGAAUCAUUGGCAGGUGCACUUGUGCGAGACCUGCUACCAGGAGCCUUGCGAGUUCUGCAAGGCCUGCGUGUGCCCGUGCGUCUACGCCGGCUGCCAGCGCUACGAACUCCUUGACCACAACCUCGACAACUACACCUGCUGUGCCGGCAUUUGUGGCGACUGCUUCGAUCCGUGCACCUCGCCUUGCCCCGGCUGCUGCCUGGUCGUGGAGGUCUCCGUCUGCUGCUGGUUGUCCAUUGCCGGAAACCGUUCAAUGAUCCAGAACACCUAUGGCAUCAGGAACACCAAGUGCGAGGACUGCAUGAUCUGCUGCGCGUGCGUCUUCUCGUUCGUGUGGUGCAUCAUCAACAUCUUCUUCAACGUGCCCGAUGGGUCGAACAUGGUGGUGGACUGCUUCUACCUGGCCUUAUCGGCGUGCUUCCAGUCUCAACAGCACGCCGAGAUGGAAUACCAGAGCAAGAAGCACGCACCCCACGAAGUCGAGAUGAAGAAGAUGUAA